GCGAAAGCAGUCUGUGUCUCAUAAAUCAUAAUGAAAUAGAGAAUAGAGGAAAAUGAUGUUGACAUAUGCUCUAAUACUUUUGGGAUUUACAUUUAUCACUUCUGUUUCCUAUUCAGAUGAAAACUGUUACAGAUACGAGAGUGGUUGUUGUCCUGGUUACGAACGGAAUAGAGAAACAGGGAACUGUACAGAGUGUAAAAUUGGAUACUCAGGCCUUAAUUGCAGCAAGCAAUGUCUCUAUCCAAGUUUUGGUUGGAAGUGCAAGUUGGAGUGUGACUGUUCAAAAGAAAAUUGCAAUUUUUCUACAGGAUGUCUGGUAAAGUCGUUCUUUGCCUCUCUUCUUCAUUAUCUGCAUCAGCUGAAAUCAGAGAACUAUAGACUAGAGGGUCACAUCAAGUCGCUGGCCACGCGCCGGGAUCACUUACUGGCGGUCAACGCCAGACUGUCUAUCCCGUUCUCCUCCCCCCUCCACCCAGACUCAUUCCUCUACUCGGACAAACCCACUGACGGAAAAACUGUGGAGCCAUCUUUGAUGCAGAAUGUGGCCUGUUUAACAGCUGAUAAUCCUGUACAGGCAGGAGGCUCUACCACAGUUCCAGCAGUAACCCGUGUCUCAUCGCUGCCUCCCAUGACUUCAGUACUCAACUUAUCUGUAUCCAAUACUCUGUCGGCUAUGGACAGUACGCCCACAUCAAUGGAGGUCACCCUCCCCUCAUCCUCAACGCCGGACAAAAGCAAACCAGAUGUGACCUGAACUCUACUUUUAUUGUACCAUUGACUCUUGUUUUAAACUAGAUAUAUAUAUGUAUACACAGAACUAAUGUUAAAGUAUUAAUAAAAAAGUUGACAAAAA